CUGAGAGCGCCCAUAGUCGCGAAGGCAAGAGGGCUAAUGCACGCCCUAAAGGCAGUUCCUUGUAAACAUGGACAUAGCAUACAUAUGCGAGUGGGACCGUCGGCCACGCACCAGUCACUGCCCUUCAAUCCCAUUAGUCUGUGCCUGGUCUUGCCGCAAUCUAAUUGCAUUCACCACUGAUCAGCGGAAUGAAGAGGAGAAAGGUGCCCAUCUUGCAUAUCCUUACACAGAUCUUACCCACAUGAUUCAUAUCCUGGACACAGAGCAUCCCUGGGAUGUGUAUUCCAUUAGCUCAGGACACCAGGAGGUCAUCACAAGCUUAGAGUGGGAUCAUUAUGGAUCCCGUCUUCUUUCAGCUGAUGCAGAUGGGUGUAUCAAGUGCUGGGGGAUGACUGACCACUUAGCCAACAGCUGGGAAAGUCUAGUUGGAAGUGAGGUUGAUGGGGAUCCUAUAGUGGCUUUGUCAUGGCUGCACAAUGGAGUAAAGUUAGCUUUACAUGUUGAAAAGUCAGGGGUUUCCAGUUUUGGAGAGAAAUUCUCCCGUGUGAAAUUCUCCCCAUCAUUAACUCUGUUUGGUGGGAAACCAAUGGAGGGUUGGAUCGCAGUGACUAUUAGUGGCCUGGUUACUGUUUCUCUGCUGAAGCCAAAUGGGCAAGUACUGACAGCCACGGAAAGCUUGUGUCGGCUGCGUUGUCGUGUGGCUUUGGCAGACAUUGCAUUCACAGGCGGGGGGAACAUUGUGGUGGCUACAUGCGAUGGGAGCAGUACUUCCCCUGUGCAAUUCUACAAGGUUUGUGUGUCAGUGGUUAGUGAGAAGUGCAAGAUUGAUACUGAGAUACUUCCUUCACUUUUUAUGCGGUGUACAACGGACCCUGCACGCAAAGACAAGUUCCCUGCUGUGACGCACCUCAAAUUCCUUGCCCGAGACAUGUCUGAACAGGUUCUUCUGUGUGCCUCCAACCAGUGGUCCAGUGUGGUUGAGUGUUGGUCCUUGCGCAAGGAGGGACUUCCUCUAAAUAACAUCUUUCAGCAGCUUUCACCAGGAGUAAGUGAUAAACAGCCCAUGAUACUGAAAUGGCGUAUACUGUCGGCUACCAAUGAGCUGGAGCGCGUGUCUGCUGUUGCUCUUCCCAAAUUACCCAUCUCCCUUACUAGUACAGAUAUCAAGGUGGCAAAUGAGACAAAGUUCUUCCCUGGCUUGGGUUUGGCACUUGCAUUUCAUGAUGGUAAUGUGCACAUCAUACACAGACUUUCACUGCAAACAAUGGCUGUGUUAUGUGGCUCCUCCAUGCGGCCUCUGGAAGAGCCCAGCCUGAAACGUCAACGCUCACCAACCCCUUGCGUUCACUUUAAGGCAUUGCAAAUGUCCUGGACCUCACUGGCAUUAGUUGGCUUGGACACCCAGGGCAAGCUCAGCAUGCUGCGGGUUUCGCCAUCUAUGGGUCAUGCUCUAGACAUGAGCACAUCUCUUCGUCACUUGCUUUUUCUGUUAGAGUAUUGCAUGGUGACCGGCUAUGACUGGUGGGAUAUUUUACUCCAUGUUCAGCCGGGUAUGGUGCACAACCUAGUAGAGAAACUGCAUGAGGAGUACACCAGACAAAAUGCUGCUCUGCAGCAGGUUCUUUCCACUCGAAUCCUUGCCAUGAAGGCGUCCCUCUGUAAGCUUUCUCCUAACACGGUGACCAGGGUGUGUGAUUACCAUGCAAAGCUCUUCCUCAUUGCCAUCAGUUGCACCCUAAAAUCCCUUCUGCGCCCCCACUUUCUUAACACUCCUGACAAAAGCCCUGGGGACCGCCUGACUGAGAUAUGCAAUAAAGUUACUGACACAGAUAUAGAUAAGGUGAUGAUUAACUUGAAGACAGAGGAGUUUGUUCUGGAUAUGCCAACCUUGCAAUCACUACAGCAGCUCAUUCAGUGGAUAGGUGACUUUGUGCUCUACUUGCUGGCCAGUCUGCCCAAUCAGGGAUCCUCAGUACGGCCUGGUCAGAGUUUCCUGCGCGAUGGGGCUUCUCUAGGCACUUUAAGGGAGAUGAUGGUGAUGAUUCGAAUAUGGGGUCUUCUGAAACCCAGCUGUCUUCCUGUGUACACGGCCACCUCGGAUACCCAGGACAGCAUGUCCCUUCUCUUUCGCUUAAUCACCCGGCUCUGGCUAUGUUGUCGGGAUGAGACCCACCCAUGUGAGCCGGAUGAGUCCUUAAUAGAUGAAUGCUGUCUGCUCCCCAGCCAGCUCCUUAUUCCCACCAUUGAUUGGCUGCCCCUUGGAAAUGGACUAAUUAGCCGGUUGCAGAGCAAGCUCCCCCUGCGCCUUCAGUUUGGAAAAACCCCUGGGGCACCGAGCCAUGCCCCUAUGCAGUAUGAAGCCUACACACGGUUACCUGUGCAGCCAAAAAUAGACCAUCUUAGAAGACUCCAUCUGGGCACCUUCCCCACAGAGCCUUGUAAAUCCUGCACCAGGUGUGGUUGUGUUACAAUGCUGAAGUCCCCAAACAAGGCCACAGCUGUGAAACAGUGGGAACAACGGUGGAUUAAGACCUGUCUUUGUGGGGGACUGUGGAGAAAAAUGCCUUUCACCUUCUCAUAACCACCUUAUUCCUUCCCCAACCCAUUGAAAAUAGGGCCUUGAAGAACAUUUGGGAAUGAUAAAUGAUGACUGUCUCAACUUGUAUAUAUUUCAUUUUGCUGGGAUGCUCCAUACUCAUAUUUCACCAUCUGUAAAUACUUUGCAUUAUGUAUAUAUGUAUCUUUAAGUAUGGUAAAUAAACCUGAUUUUGUAAUUUUUAAA